AUGGGGUCCUUAGGCUUGCUGGUUCUAGCGAUCGCCGCCGUGCUGGAGCUCACCAGAGCCGACUCCUGGAACGGCGGCCGUGCCACGUUCUACGGCGGCGAUGACGCCUCUGGCACUAUGGGAGGAGCGUGUGGGUAUGGCAACCUGUACAAUGCGGGGUACGGGAAGAACACCGCGGCGCUGAGCACCUCGCUGUUCAACAAUGGGCAGAGCUGCGGCGCGUGCUUUGAGAUCCGAUGCACUGGCAGUGGCAGCUGCCUGUCUGGUUCCGCCAUUGUGACGGCCACCAACUUCUGCCCGCCCAACUAUGCGCUCCCCAACAACGAUGGUGGAUGGUGCAACCCGCCGCAGCCACACUUCGACCUCGCCGAACCGGUCUUCACCCAGAUCGCCAUUUCCGGUGCUGGCGUCGUGCCUGUCCAAUACAGGAGGGUGGCGUGCGUCAAUCAGGGUGGCAUCCGGUUCACCAUCAGCGGCCACUCCUACUUCAUCCUGUUGCUCAUCACAAAUGUGGGCGGCGCUGGUGACUUGACGGCGGUGUCGAUAAAGGGCUCGCGGACGGGCUGGCAGACCAUGAGCCACAACUGGGGCGCCAACUGGAAUAACGGCGCCCUGCUCGACGGCCAGGCACUGUCGUUCCAGGUCACCGCCAGCGAUGGCCGCACCGUCACGUCCGAGAACGCCGCACCAGCUGGCUGGAGCUACGGCCAGACCUACACCGGCAAACAGUUCUAA